AUGGCACGUGCUGGCCGUCAGGUCGAGGGCGUGGCGGACCGUCGCGAGCACCAACGCGUGAAAAAGCUCAGCGGAGUGGGCGCAGAGCUCUCCGUGAAUGAUGGCGCCAUGCACCGGGCACGUCGGCGCCCCGCAGGCGUACGGACAUCCCUCGCUGAAGUUCUCCGCCACAUAGCGCGCCAGCACGGCCUCGUACACCGUGGCGUAGAAGGGGUGGUAAGUCACACUGUCGAAGCGGAAUCGCGACGUGCCCGCCGUCCCGCCACGCACAAGAACAUCGCCAGUUUCUGUAUCGACAAGGACGCUACUGGGGCUGUCAUGCGUGGGCGUGAUGUAGGCGCAGCACGCAACGUUUUUUAUGGUUUGUGCCAUGAUGCAGUGCUAGUAAUCUAG